GCCCUUAGCCGCAGCCGUAGAGGACUGGCGAAGCCGCUUUGCAAUGGCUUGGAGGGGCUGUUUGAGGUUGGGGCUCCGGCUAGGCGGCUCUGCCCCGAAGCGAGCCUGGGGGCGCAGAGGGGUUGCCUCCUGCAUAGACCCUGCCAUGGGCCUGACGGAAGAGCAGCAGGAGUUUCAAAAAGUGGCUUUCGACUUUGCUGCCAAGGAGAUGGCGCCGCACAUGGCUGAGUGGGACGAAAAGGAAAUAUUCCCUGUGGAAACACUCCGGAAAGCAGCUCAGCUGGGAUUUGGGGGCAUCUACGUGAAGCCAGAUGUGGGAGGCUCUGGACUCUCUCGGCUUGACACCUCUGUCAUCUUCGAGGCUCUGUCGACGGGCUGUGUGAGCACCACAGCUUAUAUCAGCAUCCACAACAUGUGUGCUUGGAUGAUUGACACCUUUGGGAACGAGGAACAGAGGCUGAAAUUCUGCCCUUCCCUUUGCAGCAUGGAAAAAUUUGCCUCCUACUGCUUGACAGAGCCGGGAAGCGGAAGUGAUGCGGCUUCGUUGCUAACUUCGGCCAAGAAACGCGGCGACGUGUAUAUUCUCAAUGGCUCCAAGGCUUUCAUCAGCGGUGGUGGCGACGCUGACCUUUACGUGGUGAUGUGCCGCACGGGCGGGGCAGGUCCCAAGGGCAUCUCCUGCCUGGUGCUGGAGAAAGGAACUCCCGGCUUGAGUUUUGGCAAAAAGGAGAAGAAAGUGGGUUGGAAUUCGCAACCGACCCGGGCGGUCAUCUUCGAAGACUGCGCCGUUCCGGUGGCCAACCGGCUAGGAGGGGAAGGCCAUGGGUUCAACAUCGCCAUGCAGGGCCUCAAUGGAGGGAGAAUUAAUAUCGCGUCCUGUUCCUUGGGGGCCGCCCACGCAUCAGUUCUCCUGGCUCGAGAGCAUCUUAAUGUCCGCAGGCAAUUCGGGGAGGUCUUGGCCACCAAUCAGUAUCUCCAGUUCCAGCUGGCUCAGAUGGCGACCCGGUUGGUGGCAGCUCGUCUGAUGGUGCGCAACGCCGCCCGAGCUCUGCAGGAGCAGCGGAAUGACGCUGUCGCUCUGUGCUCCAUGGCCAAGCUCUUUGCCACCGACGAGUGCUUUGCGAUCUGCAAUCAAGCCCUGCAGAUGCAUGGAGGUUAUGGCUACCUAAAGGAUUAUGCUGUGCAACAGUUUGUGCGGGAUAUCAGGGUGCACCAGAUUUUGGAAGGGACCAAUGAAAUCAUGAAGAUGAUCAUCGCCAGGACUCUGUUACAGGCGUGAGUGUCGGAGCUGGUCAUCGGCCUGAGUGUACUACGAGCUGCUUUGGGGGGGACACCCGGCUGGGAAGAGGAGAAGGCGAUGCAUUUUUUUCCUCAGCCGUCCCCCCUGACCUAAACUCCAGAUUUUGCUAACAGGCACCGCCUGGUAGAGCUGGGAAGGCAGGACAAAGGCGGGCUGGUCUCAAUGGAUCCUUUUGUCCACCAAGUGCCAACGCUGAACAUCUGCUUCCCACGGCUGGUUGAAAUUCCUCCGUGUGGGAGUUCCGCAUCAGCCCUCCAUCACCAAUGGGUUCCCGCAUCCCAGCAGCAUCUCCUGGGAAGAACUGGAUCCAUUUUGGAUUUAGCUUAGGCUGGGAAACCCGCUCAUUUUUUCUCUCCAGGAAAAAGAGGGAGUUGUUUGCCAAAG